GUUGCACAAUGAGAAGGCCUGCAAGCAUUUGUGGAAAUGCGCCGUGGAGCAUCACGGUUUCUUCAGACUUCAAGCGCCUGUCAAAGGUCCAACGGCUCGCCAGAACUUUUUCCGGAUGGGUUCUCGUUUCCGCUAUUCCGGUCGAACCGAGUAUCAGAGUACGCAUCAAAGUCGUCCACGGCGAGUGGUGCAGCUCGAAAGAAGACCGAGCCAAAGGUACAGCAGGAGGCAGAGCCACGUGCUUCGGGAGAGGUUACGGGAACAGCAGAAUUCCGGAACGGUGCAAAUCACGGAACUUGCGGAUUGCAUACAGCCUUCGUCGAGUCGUUGCAGCGAACGUUCAACGAAAUCGAAUGCCACCGAAAGCGAGCCUUACUAUUGCAAAGUCUCCAACGACAACACGAAGACUCUCACGCCUACGGUUAAUUCCCAUAGUCCUGUACUAUCGAUGGGCGGUAGCAAAAACGGCACGCUGAAAAGGAACAGAGCAGCAUCUUCUCCACCCAUCAGUCCGACGCUUUCGAAUGCAGACAGUCAGCUGGACGUGCUGCUGAAGAGCCUCGCCAAGGAGACGCUAACCGGAAUCCAGAUGGACGAAGCUCGAAACGUUGCAACGUCUGAAAUCAACAAAAUUGACGAUUGCGAUGCCGCCGCUUUGAAGCUGUCUUUCGACAUUCCUAAUAACAUAAAUAAAUACGCAGCCGGGAUGGGCGGUGCAAAACCGAUACCUCGGAAUCAAUUGAAAUGCAACAUACUCAAAGCGAAAGCAGAGGAUGAGUUGAACGUAAACGUGACGAAGCUGACGAAUCAGAUGUUCGUGGCUGCGGCGAACAAUGACGAGGAGAAUAUGAAUUCUCUCAAUGCCGCCACCUUCAUAUCGGUCGGCGGCGACAAAUUGACGUUGUCCGUGAGCGGUCCCGCGCCGCCGAACAACCAGGACCUCGUCGAAGAGAGGAAGAGAUGCAUCACGCCGGUAACGGUCACCUACUUCGGACAGUCCGACGGUGGUAAAUUGGAACGCGUAAUGUUGAACGAGAAGCAAGGGCAGCAGCAACCGCUCAGUUUACUCAACGGCAACUGCAUCGAAGAUUUCGAUGAAGCUGUUGACGAACCUCCGAAGAGCUCGAACCCAUUCGUCACGACGCCCAACACCAAUCCUUUCCACGAAGCAAAUCCGUUCCUCUACAGCAAUCCCUUUCAAAUGGACGCGAUCGCAACAGACUCUGAGAUCGAUGGUUCGUUGGGAAACGAAUUCGACAGCAAUUGGAACGCCGCAGUGACGACUCCGAGUUUCAGCAAUCUCUCGCCCUGGCUGGUGUCACAAGAUAUCGUCAGUGCUCCGGUUUCUAAAGUGAACACCACGGAGACGACGAUCAUUAAGAAAUCUGUUAUAACUACACAGCUUUAAAAUUGUACGUAAUGUGAUAUGAAAACGCGGACGCGACGAAUUUGAAAGCAAAACAAACAAACAUUGUUAUUGUUAUCCAUAUACGAAAUGAUAAAGAAAACUUGAAUAAUUCUACAUUUUAUCUCUUCUAUUUUUAAAUUAUUGUAAAUAUUCGUUGAAUUUUUAGAUAUAUAUGGUGUGUCCAUCUCCCAACAAGAGUGGAAAGUUUAAAUUUUUAGAUAAAACACAUUUUUUAAUUUAACCGAAAAGUACGUAGACGGAAUUAUGGUAUGGAACAAGCAAACGUAUUAUGUUCUUUUGACGAAAUUAGCAAUCACGGUUUGCUAUAAUUGUGGUUGAAUUUCUUCAGCAAUACAGGACUUGAUUUUAGUUUAGAAAAUAGAUUUACCACUCUUGUGUUAUGUUCUCUACAUUCCUUCGUCUGCGCUCAUUUUGUUCUUCGUUCCAAAGUGCCAUCGACGUUCCAGAAAGUGCCUUCUUCCACAAUGUGUACUUCACGUAAAGAACAUGAUCAAUAUUUUG